AUAGUUGAGAACCUGGCAUCUCUCUCGCGCUCGCCGAGGGCAAAGCUGCUGUACUGUACAAAGGAAAUAUCAAACGCAAAUACGAACAAUUACGGUUUCUCAGGGAGAGGGGGAGCGAAUUAUGAGCGCGCCUCAUCCGAUUCUCAAAAAGCCAAAACUAGAACAAAACUACGGCGACGGCGACGACCACCGACUUGUAGGAAAACCGAAAUCGAUGACCGAAGAAGAGAACGGUGGAGAAGAAGGAGGACAGGAAGGCGCCAGUGGAGAAGAGCAAGAGGAGGCUUUGGUUGCGUUGAUCGAACACCGUGCGCAUGAAGUUGAACAUCUCAGGACACGUGUCAACUAUUAUACAUCUCAGCUCCAGCAAGCAGAGAAGAGGUUGAGUGAAACAGAAGUCAGAUUGGCUCGCUUACGGGGACAAAGCAUUGCAGCACCAUCUAAAGCUUCUAUAGGAAAUAGGAAUAAAAGUGCAAAGAUGGAGUUUAGAUCGACGAGUCCAAUCCAUGCCAUUGAAAGUGCUUCUAGGAACCAACCUCAAUUGAGAACUGAACUCCUGAUUCCUGCUGCAAAUCCAAAAAUCUCCCAACACAUAAAAUUGGCAGGGUCCAGUAUGAAAUUUUCUGUUGGUUCUGGUGCUCAAUCAAGUGCAUCCACCCACACUAAUACUCUAUCAAAAUUAAAAGCAGAAAAAUCUUGCAGAAGUUCUCCUGAUGCACAAGUUAAUGAAGUUCAGGAUAGAGAAACAAAAAGGAAGCUUGAAGAGAAAGAACACCAGGAAUUGAUUCCAUUGAUACGCAGUAGCUCUUCUCCAUGCACAAUCCGCUGCCAUACAAGCAAUCACAUCUCUAGUCAGCACAAAAGAAAGUUGAGAAGUCUUGUACUUUGUCCAGUAAAUGAUCAACUUUUUGUGACCAGUGCUUUGGAUGGAGUGGUCAACUUAUGGCAAGUUCAAUCUCGGGGAUCAGGUGCCUCCCUUCUCAGUUCUACUGAUUGUAUGUCUCCAAAACAUAGGCGGUGGCCAGAAGAUAUGGCUUGGCACCCACUGGGAAACAGCUUAUUUUGUACUUACAAUGCUGAUGGUGGGGAUUCUCAGAUAUCAAUUCUAAAUUUGAAUAAAACAGAAGGGAGGGCCCGUGUGACUUACUUAGAGGAUAAGCCUCAUUUCAAGGGUAUUAUUAACAGCAUAAUAUUCAUGCCCUGGAAAAAUGCCUGCUUUGCCACCGGUGGUAGUGAUCAUGCUGUUAUACUUUGGAAUGAGAAAGAGACUGAGAAUUUAUGGAAGCCAAAGCAAUUGCACAGGAAUCUGCAUUCUUCAGCUGUCAUGGGAGUUGCUGGGUUGCAACAAAGGCAUAUCAUUCUAUCAGUUGGUGCAGACAAGAAAAUUAUAGGGUUUGAUGUUCAAGUAGGGAGAGCAGACUUCAGGCAUCAACUAGAUAAUAAAUGCAUGAGUGUUCUGCCUAAUCCAUGCGAUUUCAAUCUAUUCAUGGUUCAGACAGGGACUCCUGAGAAGCAGCUGAGAUUGUUUGAUAUUCGACUUAGGCAGACAGAGCUUCACUCUUUCGGUUUUAAGCAAGAAAGCAGCGACUCUCAGUCAGCUUUGAUCAAUCAGGCUUGGUCUCCUGAUGGUUUGUACCUGACAUCUGGUUCAGUAGAUCCUGUGAUUCACAUCUUUGAUGUCAGGUAUAAUUCUCACAAGCCAUCUCAAUCUAUAAGAGCUCAUCAGAAACGGGUCUUUAAAGCAGUCUGGCAUUACUCUCACCCACUUCUGAUUUCUAUAUCUUCUGAUCUGCACAUUGGCUUGCACAAGAUCGAAUAGUAGUUUUGUCUGCAUUUUGGGAUGCAAGGCAAUCUCUUCCAUUGCUCAUUUUGCACUUUGAUUCUCCUUGUUUUGAUUCGAGAUGAAAUAUCUAUUAUACUAGUGUUUUAAGAAUGGCUUAUCUGAGAACAUGAUUUGGCAUAUUUUACCUUUGGGAUGUAGGAAAAAGAUUCAAAAAUUUUUGGAGAACUAGUCGCAAAACAGAUGGAUAUUAUUGUUA